GAUAGUUGAUCCUGCAGAACAAGGAACACUACUGCAAGUUUUUCAUCACAUUCCUUGUAUCUCCAGCAUGUAUUCUUCUCAAAAUGAUGCUCACACAUACACAACUGACGUCCAUCCAGGGACAGUCCCAGUUUCAGGAUUUCCAAAUCACAGCGCCACACAGCCAUAUGCUCCUCCUCAACCUCCAUAUAUCUCCUCCGGCGUGCGAGUUCGUGUACCGGGGAAAUGGUCUAGCGGUCUUUGCCAUUGCUGUGAUGAUGUUUCCACUUGUUUUGUCACUUGCUUUUGUCCUUGUAUAACAUUUGGGCAGAUAGCCGAUAUAGUGAGUAAAGGGUCAUCCCCUUGUGCUGCAAGUGGAGCAAUUUAUGGACUAUUGGCUAUGACUGGAUUCGCUUGCUUAUAUUCAUGCUUCUAUCGCUCGUCUUUGAGGGCUCAAUAUGACUUAGCGGAGUCUCCCUGUGUGGAUUGUUUAGUGCACUUCUUCUGUGAGGCUUGUGCACUUUGCCAAGAAUAUAGAGAACUCCAAGAUCGCGGCUUUGACAUGGGAAUAGGCUGGGAGGCAAACAUGGACAGACAAAAACGAGGAGUUAUAAUUGCUCCAGUGGUGGCAUCAGGCAUGACAAGAUGAAAUCAAUUUCUCAUGCAUGUGAUUUAGGCUACUGCUUCUUCUGCUGGAUGGAUCGUGUGCUUGUGUGAUUUCACUCGUGUAAUGUCUUGUAUAUGUUGAAUUUCUUCUUGACGUUGUGGCAUUUUGAAUACUCUUUGCUUGUAAUAUUUUCCCAGAAGAAAAAAAAUGGAACAUAUUAUCUGUGACCCUGAGCUGAUUUAAGAAUAAAUUAUGAAGACAUGGUUGAAGAUCA